UUGAAAACAGAUCAGCAGCCUGAUGAGCUCAGCUCCGGCGCAUGUCUCCAACUUUCCCUCGGAGCAGAGAAAGAAGCGGCCACCUCUCGCCGCAGCAGGAGACGCCGAGGAGGUCCCGGCUGCGCAUGGAUCGUGGGACACCGUCGAACGCUGAAACUUCGUGACGCGGUGUCGCGCGAACUUCAGCCGCCGAACUUCGCCGAGUUGAUGGAGUUGGAAGCCGAGAGGCAGAGUCGAACUGUCGCCGGAACCAAGCGGGAGAGCGCGCACGAGUGAGUCGACGCAGCGCAGGAGGGGGGGGCCGAGGAGACCCACUAAACUUGACUCCGCCGUGGCUCCUGGACCAUCUGGUGGGGUGCGGUCAGAGGCGUGAGGGCCGCCGGGCUCCUGUCCAGGAGAGCGCGGAUGCUGAGUGAGCCUCAGGCCUGGAGCUCAGCCUCUUCUUCACGCCAUCACGUGGUGUGGCCCUGCAGGAUGGACACGUCUGCUCCGACAGCCACCGAGAAGAAGGAGUGUAAAGGACCUGCUCUGGACGGCAGCAGCUUCUCUGAGCUCCCCAAGAAGCCCUCGCCCGCAACCCUGACCCGAGGCGGCAGCCACCAUCUCUUUCCCACGUUUCACACUCCCAUUCCCAUCGACAUGAGACACCACGAGGGCCGCUACCAUUACGAAGCACAUCCGCUCCACGGGUUGCACGGAGCUCCUGGACUCCCGGGCAGCCCCGCCAUCUCCGACCUCUCUCUGAUCCGCCUCUCUCCCCACGCCGCGGCGGCGGUGGCGGCGAACGAGUCUCCCUUCAGCCCGCCUCAUCCCUACGUCGGCCCUCACAUGGAGCACUACCUGCGGUCGCUUCACGGCAGCCCCACUCUCUCCGUCAUCUCUGCGGCUCGGGGUCUGAGUCCUGCUGAAGUAAGCCACGAACACUUGAAGGACCGGGCCCUUUUCGGUCUCCCCCCUCCCCCGCACGGGACCAACCCCACGGAGUACUACCACCUGAUGGCCAGCGCCAGCCAGCGCAGCCCGUACGGAGACCUCCUGAUGCAGAGUGGCGCGGCGGCGGCGGCGGCGGCGGCUCACCUGCCGGACUACAUCAGUCCUGUGGAUGUCUCACGUUUCUCCAGCCCACGGAUGACGCCUCGGCUCAGCAGGAAGAGGGCGCUGUCCAUCUCGCCGCUGUCGGACGCCAGCAUCGACCUGCAGACCAUGAUCCGCACCUCGCCCAACUCGCUGGUGGCGUACAUCAACAACUCGCGCUCCAGCUCGGCCGCCAGCAGCUCCUACGGACACCUGUCGGUGGGCGGGAUCAGUCCGUCCUUCAGCUUCCCUCACCCCAUCAACCCUGUGGCCUACCAGCAGCUGCUGUCGCAGCAGCGGGGGCUGAACGCCUUGGGCCACACGCCUCCGCUCAUGCAGCCGGCGGCGGCGCCCUUCUGCGCCCGACAGCACGCUCUGACCGCAGCCUCGCCCAUCGCACCCUCUCUCACCAGCUCCGAGGCCAACCAGAACGCCGGCGGCGACCCGGCGGUGAGCAGCACGGUCAACCCGCUGACCACCAAGAGGACCAAGGUCAAGACGGAGGCGGACGGCCCUCUGCCCAUCUCCCCGACCUGCCAGGACCACGGCGGCGGGAUGCUGGACCUGAGCGAUGACCUGGACAAGGACGAGUGCAAGCAGGAGCCGGAGGCCAUCUACGAGACCGACUGCCACUGGGAGGGCUGCGGCAAGGAGUUCGACACGCAGGAGCAGCUGGUCCAUCACAUCAACAACGACCACAUCCACGGAGAGAAGAAGGAGUUCGUGUGCCGCUGGGAGGAGUGUUCCCGGGAGCAGAAGCCCUUCAAGGCCCAGUACAUGCUGGUGGUCCACAUGAGGCGCCACACCGGGGAGAAGCCUCACAAAUGCACGUUUGAAGGCUGCACCAAGGCGUACUCGCGGCUGGAGAACCUCAAGACUCACCUCAGGUCCCACACCGGCGAGAAGCCGUACGUGUGCGAGCACGAAGGCUGCAACAAGGCCUUCUCCAACGCCUCCGACCGGGCCAAGCACCAGAACCGCACCCACUCCAACGAGAAACCUUACGUGUGCAAGAUCCCGGGCUGCACCAAGCGCUACACCGACCCCAGCUCGCUGCGGAAGCACGUCAAGACCGUCCACGGACCCGAAGCCCACGUCACCAAGAAGCAGCGGAACGACGCUCAACCGCGCUCGCACCCGCCAAAAGCCAACGGCGAGAACGAGGUGAAUUCCCGGCACGGAGGUGGGAGCGUGGACGGCAGGGGUGAGGCCAACGGUGCCUCCAGAGGAGCGGAGGACGGCCUGCAAGUCAAGUCCAUCAAGACCGAGAACUCCAUGACGUACCAGUCCAGUCCCGGGGGCCAGUCAUCGUGCAGCAGUGAGCCGUCGCCUCUCGACAGCGGAGUAGAGAUGGCCGUGCGCGGCGGGGGCAGCUUCGGGGAGGAGUGCCCUCUGGUGGACUCCACUGUUCCCGCUGGAGGCCAGCAGGCCGGUGUGGGGCUCCAGAUGAGGAAGGUGGCGGGUCAUGGCGGCGCGGUCACCAUCAAACUGGAGAACGUCAAAAAAGAAAGGCUGAAGACAGUCAGGGACGCCUGUCCGUGGGGCGGCUCGGCGCCGUACCUGCCGCAGGGACCCCGCAUCGCCACCAGGCUGCCUCCCAUCCCUGCAGCGGCAGGGUCCCUGCUGGAGAACUCGGGUGUGGGCCAGAGGUGGAGCGCGGAGCAGCCGCCGUGUGAGCUGACGCUGCUGAACCAGCUGAACGAGCGGAGGAGCAGCGGCACCAGCACCGUCAGCUCGGCCUUGAGCCGCCGCUCCUCCGGAAUAUCGCCCUGCUACUCCAGCCGCCGCUCCAGCGAGGCGUCCCAGUUCGGAGCCAACCGGCACAACAACGUCAGCUCGGCCGACUCCUACGACCCCAUCUCCACGGACUUGUCUCGGCGCUCCAGCGAGGCCAGCCAGUGUGGGGGAGGCGGAGUCAGUCUCCUCAGUCUGACCCCAGCGCAGCACUACCGGCUCAAGGCCACGUAUGCCGCCGCGACCGGCGGGGCCCCCCCGACCCCUCUGCCCAACAUGGAAAGAAUGAGCUUGAGAACCCGGAUGGCGCUCUACACGGACUCCCAGGACAGCACGGCGCACCCGUUCCAUCAGCCGCCGCCCGGCUCUGUGCCGCGCCGCUGCAGCGACGUCGGCUACGGCAGCCGCAGCAUGAUGCCGCACGAGGUUCCCAACAGCCUGCCGCGGCGCGCGAGUGACCCUGUGCGCCGCCCGCCGGUGGAGCCGCACUGCUGCCCGCGGGUCCAGCGCUACAACAGCAUGGGCAGCAUGAACCUCGCCAACAUGCCGAUGGAGCGGCGUCAGGCGUUAGCGUCGCAGGGCUGCGCUCGCUCUGACGGCAGCCUGCAGCGCUACCCGUUCCACCCCAGACCGCCCAGCAUUUCUGAGAAUGUAGCAAUGGAGAACAUGGCUGUGGACGACACGGUGACCGAGCCGGCCGGAGACGACGACAUGGUUCUGCCAGACGAUGUGGUUCAAUAUCUCCGAUCCCAAAACGCUGCCCACGCUCCACUUGAGCCGCGCUCAAACGGCCAGGGGGGCGGCUACCACGCGGCCUUGGCUCCGCCUGCCUCCUUUUACGGACACCGGAGGAUGGCGAUGGUGGACGGCAACAUGAACCGGCCGGGUCAUCAGGUCGACUCCCAGCAGUUCCAGGCCGGGCCCAGCAAGAACAACAUGCCUGUGCAGUGGAACGAGGUCAGCUCGGGCAGCGUGGAGCCCACGGGCCAGCUCUCCAAACCAGGCCCGCCUCUUGUCCGGGGGAACCUGGCCGUGGUGCAGCAGAGGCACAGCUUUGCUUCCUUGGCAGCACAUGGCCUGACGAGUAAUCAGCAGGUGGCGCCGAUGAGCCAGAACCUUCCCGCGCAGGGCCACUUGGACCAGGGCGGCCUGAGAGUCUCGAACCUCUCCCUCCCGCAGCAGCCGAGGCACCCCAGCCUCUGCCAGCAGACCAGUCCUCAGCAAGGCGUCGGUCAAGAGACGCUCCCCGAUGCUCUGUCCGGGAGCGGGAGGCCGCUCAGGGCCAGCGCAGGGAGCCAUGACCUCCAAGGCUGCCGAGAGAGGGGCCAGGCCGCGGCCUGUUCUCACGGCGCCGUCAUGUCGCACAGCGUCCAACACGGAUGCGGAGGCGCGAUGCAACCCAGGCCUCCGGGGGAGCCCAGGUCCAGACAGGGCACGGGGGCCGGCAGAGGCCCCAAGUCGUCGGAGCUACGCUCCAGCGUGGCCCAGCUCACGUCGGAGGCCAGUCCAAAGAGGCCCGCGGGCUCCGAGCUCGGCCACUCUGAGAGCAGGCUUUUCUACCAGGCGCAGGUCCAGGUCUACGAGGCGUCUGCCGUGGGCCAGGCCGACAUGUCGCCCCGCGCCGGCCAGGGAGCCUCCCCGGGGGUCGACCACGUCUCCAGCAGCACCGCCGACUCGGAGCAGGUCCAGAUGGACUUCGACAGCAUGCUGGACGACGGAGAGCACUCCAGCUUGAUGUCGGGGACCCUCAGCCCCGGCCUGCUGCACAGCCUCUCGCAGAACUCCUCGCGCCUCACCACGCCUCGCAACUCCGUCGCGCUGGCCUCGCUGCCCGCCGGCAUGGGCAACAUGGCCAUCGGGGACAUGAGCUCCAUGCUGACGGCGCUAGCGGAAGAAAGCAAGUUCCUCAACAUGAUGAGCUGAGAGUGGAGAUGCCGAGCGUGGUGACACACGUCGGGGUCGUCUGCGCCGCCUCCCGACCCCUGAUGCUCUGUUGUCGGAAGUGUGGCGUGACAAUCGCUGAGCUUCACGGAGCUGUGUGUAAAUGGAAGCCAUAUUUUAGCAGCAUGUAUAGCCUGUCCCAGCAGGCGCCGCCCUCGUGCCUGGCUGAGACUGGCCGCUGUUUUCUCAUGGAGUCUGUGAGCGUCCGUGACUCCAUGCUUCUGACGGGGUCGACGACGAGUCGCGGGAUCUCACACGGGGGAGGUCCGGAUUCAGACGGUCCCGCGUGACGACCGGCGUCAGUUCAGCCGGAGGUGAGCAGGAGCCGUGUUGACUUCACACCUGAGGUCAGGCGGCGGCGCCUCGGCCGCAGAACACCUGAACCCGCUGCACGAGCUCCACCUCCUGUCGCCGCCCACGGCAGAAGGAAGCCGCCAGCUCAAGUGGUCCAACAUCUUGUGGCGUAACGGGCGCUUUGAUGGCGGCGCUGGCUCCGGGUGGCGGCCCUUGUAAAGACAUGUUUCCGGCCCUCUGGAUCAGAGGCUCCCAGCUCACCAGGGUGAACGAUUGAAGAGGGCCAGGACGUGCCUCUGCGACCCCUGAGCGCCGGUCUCUGACAGAAUACUCAAGUAGCUCUGUGUGUUCGCGGAGAGCGCCGGCUCUAAUUAGCACGCGCCCCCCUCGCCCCCCCCCCCCGGCCCCCGGGGCUCUGGAUGAACUGCAGAAUCCAUGAAGGGACUUUGAUUUCCUCCUCCGGACGCCCCCCCCCGCGGAGCCCGACUUGAGCUGUGUGUCGGUGUGAAUGUGUGUAAAUAGCUUUUGUACAUUUCAAAUAAACUAUGGCCUGACUGUCGGAGUCCUCUUUGGAAGCCCGCCCCCGGAGGCCACAUGAAAGCUCGCUGUUUUUGGCGGGAAGUCGAGCUGCUGCAGGCUCUGGCUGACACGUCUCCUCGCCGGGCGGCAGGUACCAGAGGGGAGGAGCCCCACCGUGAGGGACCCGCGGCUCCCGUCUGAGUCAGGUGCAUGUUGAGAGUCCGGCUCCUGCUGCGUCCCUCUGGCUGGGACGUCUUUACCCCAGUCACUGAGUCAGACCUUCCAGUCUCACUGACUUGAACCAAGCAUGGUU